GGGAGGGGAAAAAAAUGGGUGUAUGGAAAGUCCCAGCGUGGAAAUCCCCUUGACUUGGGCAUUUUUUUUGUUCAUGUUCUUUUUUUUUAUGCUUUUAAACGUUAUCGUAUGUGGCCACUCUCUUUGAGGGCUUGUCAAAGUGCGGGGCGUCCAAAAAUAGCUGCUUGGCGUACAGUGGAGGACACAAGACGAAGAAGAAGAAGGAGAAGACGAAGAAGAAGGAGAAGAAGGAGGUUGAAUGGCGCCGAGGAGGCUGAGCGGAGCGGCUGACGACAGGACCGAGCUGCCUAGCAUCCGGGAGGCUUUAUAGUAGCACCACUCCGACAUAUUGGCCAGUUUCCAGUCCAUCAUCCUCCUGGUUCCUCUCCCUCCGUCCGUCCGCCAUGUCGCAGGGGCAAAACUUCCUCCCCAAAUUCCUCUUCGUCUCCAACCUGCUGAAGGCGGUGAAGAUCCGCCAGCGGGUGCCCAACGACGUGGUGAAGCCGGCGGCCAGCGACGGCCUCAUGCACCACCUGCGGGGAAUGCACCGCUACACGCUGGAGAUGAUCGCCAUGAAUCACUUUCCGCAGGCCUUCCGGGAGGUGGUGCAGGCCGCCAUCUUGGACCGAGCCAUGCAGGCCUCCCUGGAGCAGGAGAAGAAGCUCAACUGGUGCCGGGAGGUGAAGAAGAUGGUGCCCCUACGUACCAACGGAGAUGGCAACUGUUUGCUCCACGCUGCUUCCCAGUACAUGCUGGGGGUCCAGGACACGGAUCUAGUCCUCCGUAAAGCCCUGCACGGCGUUUUGAAAGACACAGACACUGGAGUUUUUCGGGCCCGCUUUCAGGCAGAGCUUUUGCAGUCCCAAGAGUUCACCCAGACAGGUCUCCGAUACACUACCACGAACUGGGAAGACGAGUGGGACAAGGUAGUAAAGAUGGCAUCUCCAGUUUCCAGUAGCAAUGGCCUCCAAUUUGACUCACUGGAAGACAUUCACAUCUUUGUCCUCUCCAACAUCCUGCGCAGACCCAUCAUCGUCAUUGCGGACCAGGUGCUGAGGAGCAUGAAGUCAGGUUCCUCUAUCUCCCCACUCAAUGUGGGCGGGAUCUAUCUGCCGCUGCACUGGCCGCCAGCUGAAUGCUACAAAUACCCAAUAGUGCUGGGCUACGACUCGCAGCACUUUGCGCCUCUCAUCACCAUUAAAGACAGCGGCCCUGAGAUCCGAGCCGUGCCACUGAUCAACCCUGGACGGGGAGGAUUUGAAGAGCUUAAGGUGCACUUCUUGAUGGAGAAGGAACAGCAGCAGAAAGAGAGGCUGCUCAAAGAUUACCUGUUGCUGAUGGAGAUCCCCGUCAUCGGUUUGGGAUAUGACGCCACGCGGAUCAUCAACGCUGCUCGGCUGGAUGAGGGAAACCUCCCUGAGGAUAUGAACCUGAUGGAGGACUACCUGCAGCUGGUCAACCACGAGUAUAAGCGCUGGCAAGAGGACAAAGAGCAAGCAUGGGCUGCUCAGCCGCAGCGCCCGCCGCCCUUUUCAGUUUCACAGCUCUCGCUCAUCGAAAUCCGCUGCGCCACGCCGAGGUGCACUUUCUACGUUUCGGUGGACACGCAGCCUCACUGCCACGAGUGUUUUGAGAAGCGGCAGGCCACCACGGUCGGCGGAGGAGCCAGGAUAGAAGGCCUGGUACAGACCAAGGCAGCUGGCGUCCAGGGCGGGCUGGACAACGAGGGGAGCUCCAGAGGAGGCCGAAGCGGCAGCCCCCCAUCCUCCUCAUCGAGUCGGGUGGUAUUGUCGAGCCCGCGCUCUGCGCCACCCCCCACAGCUCCCAGUCUCAGCUUGUACAGCGAAACCCACGCCAUGAAGUGCAAGACACCCGGGUGCCUUUUCACCCUAAGCGUGGAGCACGACGGACUUUGCGAGCGCUGCUUCAAUUCUAGGCAGAACCAAGGACCUCCUGCAGCCGGAACAGCUUCCACGGGACUCCCGGGCCCCGAAGCAAGGGCCGUAGCGCCUCAUGCGGCGCAAGGACCCGGUUGGAGCCAGUGGGGGGGCCGCGAGACCGAGACGGAGCGCUGCAGCAUGUGCAGGCAGGAAGCUUUUAGGAUAUUCAAUGGGCUCUGUCCGCCCUGCAUGCAGAAACAGCAGGGUCCAGACAGGUGCGAAGCACCGCAAAACAAGCCAAGGACUGAGGCCUCGUCUUCAGCUUGGACUCAAGCAAGGGACCUUGAGCGGCCUUGCCUCAACUUAACCCCAGGGCACACCUCCGCCUGGCAGGCCCCUUUGGCCCGGCCCUGUAAAAGAUCGGGCUGCCAGUUCUUUGGGACGCCGGAGAAGUUUGGUUUCUGCACUAUUUGCUACGUAGACUAUCAGACCAACCACCACAUGACACCUCCCCCGGCCCCGGCCCAGAGUCGGCACGGUUUGGAGGCCAGCUUCCAGAAUGCGACGCGCUGUCGUGGACCGGGCUGCGGGGCGAUCGGCAAGGCCAUGCUGGAGGGUUACUGCGACAAGUGCUACGUCAAGGAGCAGAGUGCACGGCUCAACCAAGUGGGGAACCACACACCGCACUCCCCUCCUCCCGUCAUGCGUGACCGAGCGACCAAACCCCGAUCCACGCAGCAAUUCCAGACCCAGACCCAGACCCAAAUCCAGACCCAGACCCAAACACAGACCCAGACCCAGUGCCGGCGGAGCGGCUGCAGCAACGUGUCCCCGGGCUGCACGGACCUCUGCCCCGAGUGCCACACGCGGGGCCAGGGCCGGGAAGCGGGCAGGCGGGCGCAGGCGCCCAAGGAGAAGUCCAAGCAGCGUUGCCGGACGCAGGGCUGCGACCACUACGCCAACCAAGAGAAACAGGGCUACUGCAACGAGUGCGACCACUUCAAACAGAUUUACCGCGGCUAAUCGCGCGGCGCGAAACUGACAUUCGCGGACAUGGUAGCACGCCCUGCUGCCGGGCUCACCAUGCCAGUCAAUGCAUCUCUGAUACUAACUAACCAACUUACUAACUAGCUAGUGACUAACUAGUAACCUUAUGGCCUGAAAAUCACUCCCCUGUCCCCCAUGUAGAAUGUGAAGCAAGAGUGUGUGCACGUGGGGGAAGUGAAUGUGAGUGCGCGUGUGUGUUUGCAGUAGACAUGGCCUCCAGAAUACCUCUUUGUGCAAUUACUAUCAUCCGGCGAGCGGCGUGCACUUGACACGGCGAGAGGUUUGGGCGACGUGUCAGCGGAGCGAGCGACUUGUGUACAAAAUGUAUUUAAAGGUACGCGCUGACUCGCGCCGGACACAACGAUUGUACGUCGACGUAACGAGAAGUAUCGGACUUUUUGCUUUCUAAACCACAGCCAAGGAUCGUCUGUCUGUCCUCCGUCUGUUUCUACCUGUCCAUGCCUGUCUGUUUUGCAUUUGUUCUUGGGAACGCCCUGCAACAAAUCUGUGCAAGUUAAAAGCCCCCCUCCUACCCCAAAAACUGAUUGGUGACGAUUAUUAGUUUGCAUGCACCCCUCGCUCUCCGAGUCCUUCUUGUCCUUGCAAAAUAACUUUGCCAAAAAGCUCUUACAAUCAGUAUCGCGUGAUGACAGAACUACCUUCCAUUAGUCAGUGUUUCUUUCAAAAGGACUCCCUAUUUUUUCCUGUUUAUAUUGAAUUCACAUUGCCUUUGUCCAAACGUACAUGGGAUAUAUUAAGGGUCUACAGAAGUGCACUUUUUUGGAAAACUUUGACCAGGGUAGAGACUCGCCGAACCUCAGCAUGUGCAGUUUGGCUCGUCUCCUUUGUAUGAUGUCACAACGUGCGCCGUUCCGGUUUUGUAUUGAUCUACUUUCCCCACUAUGAUGAAGAGGGGAGUCGUUCUAUUAGACGAAAUGCACUUGGUGAGGAAGGGUAUGGGGGCAGGGGGUUUGGGGUAAUAUACAAAAACAAAACAUUGGUACCUCUGUUUUCGUUAUACCGUUUCAAAGGGUCUGUUGAAAACCAAAACAAUUUAAAUCCAAUUAAUCCAUUCCAGACCCCCAAAAAUGUUAACACAAAACACUUUUAAUGGCAAAUAAUUAUAGUUUACAUGCAUACACUUAUUUUUCUAUCAAUUAAAUUUUUGUCACUGCAUGUUUUUAGAGACAUUGAUGGAAUUACCAAUCUAUUAUAAGCAAUACCAAAAGAGGAUGUGAGGCUUUCAAAGUCCAAGGUUUCAAAACCGUCCCCAUAUAGUCAUGCAUAACCAGUAACACCAACUCUUUUUGUGACAGUCCAAAUUAGGGCUGUGAAUCUUUGGGCACCACACGAUUUGAUUUGAUUGUUGGGGUAACGAUUCGAUUCAGAAUCGAAUCUCGAUUCAAAAUCAAUAGUUUUUACAUUGGGUGCUAGUUCUAUGAUUAACUAUAUUCCUCCAUAAAAUGGACAAACCGCUCUGAUAAAUUUCUAUAUUAUUUAAAAAAAUAUGUUGUUUAAAAAAAUUAUAUCCAAACAUUUAAUAAUGUCUUUUACUGAUAAGACAGUAUAUCUUGUCUUUUUUUUUUAGUUUGUAACAGAAAAUAUUCGAAGCUUAUCAAUUUGCCUGAAAAAAAAUUUAAUCCUUGUUUAAAUUAGAACAUUUUUUUGAACGACUUGAAACAUUUUAUUCUGAAAAAUAUAAACUAAAAGAAUAAUGAGAUUAUAAAAUUAUGGUAUAUAAAAAUGUAUAAUAAAUUCUAAUGGAUCAGCGCAAUAUAUAAACAAUUUGGACCUACAAAAGAUAAAUAAAAAAAUUUGUGCUGAUUAUAUAUAUAUAUAUAUAUAUAUAUACAUACACAUAUUUUUUGAAGCAAAAUAAGGAAGUCAGGAUUAAAGGAUGUGUUUUGAAGCGUGAUACUGAUAAAGCAUGUCAUACUAUUUACGAAGGACUGGAUUCAACUUAUUGGACUAAUCCUCAUUUGCCUCCGUGGUGGGUUAUUUUGCAGGCGUACUCCCUAACAGGAAACCACAGAGUCGCCAUUUGUUAAGUCAUACUAAAACCAAAUCAUUCUAAAAAGGGGGGUUGUGAAAACCGAGGUACCACUGAACAUGUAUGUUUGGACUUAGCCUAGACGUGUUUCAACAGUGCAAGACAGACAGGGCAGGCCCCUGCUGCUUUUGGUGCUACAUGCACAGAGAGCCUCUCCAACGUAGCCAACAUGCUGGCAGUCACACACACAACAACAUACUCACACACACACAUAGUGGAGACCGCAUUAAGCUUACAGCAUUUCUUUUUUCCUAGCCAGCUUUCCUUGCUUUUUAACAAAUCAGUUGCCUUGGAUGUUUCUUUUCCUCUUAAUGGACCACUUCAGCACCUAGACGCUCCCACACAAAAAGUGGUUCCAGUCUUGCCCGCAGACUGGGAUGUGAUCCACCUUACUACCAAUUGCACACACAGCACAUGGAAGGAAAUCCAGCGCCGGGGUUUGUUGUCAAGGCCGUGUCCCAGCCGGAGGUGGGCUUCUUCAGCGGCCGGGCCACGGCAACAACUUUUCCCACGAGCAGGCGACCUUUUGAUGGCCUGCUCUGGCACAUGUCAUCACUCUGAAUGUGUUUGUGCUGCUGCUGCAACAGCACUGUAUUGUAUCGGGGCUGAUCCUCUAUACGUUUUGCCUUUAAGACGGACCAUAGGGACAUGAUUGCUCGAUCACUGCUCCCGCUUCUUCUUAUUAUUAUUAGUACUCUUCUUCUACAAUGCAUUUGUGAAUAUGGAUCUCGGUCCGUGUUGUAGGACCUUUCCGACCUGAUGCCUCAUCUUUAAACACACACACACACGCGUGCGCGUCUCAAAUGGAACAUUCCUGUUUUAUUUUUUUACUAGGGUUUCCAGAUGUAUUUUAAUAGCUUUCUCUUUUUUUGUUUUUUGCCAAAAUAAUGUACAUGUGCCAUCAAAACGCCAAACAGUUGUUGUUAUACCUCUUUUAAAAAAUGGCCGCCAGCGUGCCGCAGAAAGACAUCGCACCGCUUUUUAUGAUGAUUACGGUAGAGCCUCUGAAGUCGAGCGCCCUAAUUGGAGUUAAACAACAACAACAGACUCAGUAAAUCUGGUUAGUAGGGCUUUGAAUCUUUAGGCACCCAAGAAUUAAUUCCGAUUCCUGGGGCGAUGAUUCCAAUCAACACGAUUCCCAAUUGAAACCGAUUCUCACAAUGUAUUAUUUUGUAUAAUAAUUAUAAUGAAACUUUUAAAAAUAGGUUACAGCUUAGAAAAGCUCCUUUUGGUUGCAUGGAGAUGCCUAAAAACAUAUUUUUGAUAUUUCUUUAUAUAUUGGCAUAAGUAUAUGUGUAUAUAUUUAAAAUUUGUGUAUGUAUAUGCAUAUGUGUGUGUAUAUAUGCGUAUAUGUACAUGGACGCAUAUAUGUACUUAUGCGUAUAUAUAAAUAUAUACAUAUGUGUAUUUAUGUAUGCAUAUAUGUGUAUAAAUGUAUGUGUAUAUGUAAAUGUAUGCAUAUGUGUAUAUAUGUGUGUAUAAAUGUAUGUUUAUGUACAUAUGUACAUGUGUAUAAAUGUAUGCGUAUAUGUACAUAUGUGUAUAUAUGUAUGCAUAUAUGUACAUAUGUGUAUGUGUAUAUGUACAUAUGUGUAUAUAUUUGUAUGCAUAUAUGUACAUAUAUGUACAUGUGUACGUGUAUAUACGUACAUAUGUGUAUAUAUGUAUGCGAACAUGUGUAUGAAUGUAUGCGUAUAUGUACGUGUAUGGGUAUAUGUACAUAUGUGUAUAUAUGUAAGCGUAUAUGUACAUAUGUGUAUAUAUGUAAGCGUAUAUGUACAUAUGUGUACAUAUGUAUGCGUAUAUGUACAUAUGUGUAUAUAUUUAUGCGUAUAUGAACAUGUGUGUAUAUAUGUAUGCGUAUAUGUACAUAUGUGUAUAUAAGUGUGCGUAUAUGUAUGUGUAUAUAUACACGUAUGUACAUAUACGCAUACAUAUAUACACAUAUGUACAUACGUGUAUAUAUGUAUGCGUAUAUGUACUUACGUGUGUAUAUAUAUUUAUAUAUAUAUACAUAUAUAUGUGUAUAUGUAUGUAUAUAUGCCUGUAUGUAUGUGUAUACCUAUGUUUGUAUACAUAUGUGUAUGGAUAUAUGUAUGUGUAUAUUUUUAUUUUAAAUCAAAACUUGAAAUUUUUCUGUGCAACCCUGGUGGUGAGCGCCUUAACCCUCUUAAGUGCGUUUGUAUGAUGCCACUAAAAGACUACAAGAGCAAAAGUGUGAUGGAACCAUAGAACCUGAAAAUUUAGUUUAUUAUGACCUAGAAAUUAGUCAAGGCUGCUGGUAAUAAUAUGAGCAAUGCCAUCAAUUAAGUCCCACGCCAUUUUUUUUUUAAUUCCAAGUGGGUGCUAACGUGAUUGCCAUGUAGCUGAAAGCAUAACGGCUAAUAAUGACAAAGAUCAGUGAUAGAUUGUUUGAAUGGAGCUGAGUUCCGUUUACUGUAAAUGCUCUAAUUAAUAGCCCGGGUGUUUAUUUACCUAAACCUCAACCAGGAUGGGGCAUUAAUUAGAAGCUGUCAAUGAUUGGCGAGGGAUAUGGUAACUUAUUAUUUUGAAUAAGUAAAAAAAAAAUCAUACUUUGAUAAUGAUUUGGAGUGUGAGAAAGUAGAAAGAAAGACAUAUAGCUGUGUUUGACACCCUGUCCUUUAUGAACAAGUGUCUUGUUGCACGGAACACAGGUCAGCAUUAAUGUUGAGGUCAUUGUAAAAAAUACGGCAAUUGUGAGUAGCAACAUUUUAACAUAGCAACUGUGAUAUUCAUUUGGAAUAAAAUACACCAAAAGGGUGCCUACAGCCACAGCCAUGUUUUUCAGCCCAGCACAAAUUCAAGUCCCCAAAGUUAAUUAGCUUUUGUAGACCACAUUCCCGGCUAAUAUAGUCAAUUUUUGUUCUUGUACAGUGGGAAAAAAGCUUAAUGAUGGCGGGAGCUUGACCCAGGAACGGACUGAUUCACUCCACGUUUUCAACGUGUCACGGUGUUCAACUUGUGAGGCUCCGCUGUACCCCCCAAGUGGCGCCCACUUUGCCACGCAAAGAGCCGCUUCACGAGCCACUGUCAUGGCCGGUUCCAACUAAGCCGUCCGAGCCGAUGUCUGUCUGUGGCCGCAGGUCGCCUCUGCCUUCACGCGUGAACACUUCGAGAUCUCCCGUGUCCUUUAAUCGCCUCCAAGCCGACAGAAGAUAACACAAAAAUAGCAGCUCCACUCAUCCAGACUCUGCGUGUGACGGCGGAGCUGCGUGGGCGUGAACGGAACGGUACUCCCACUCACUUAGGGACAUUCCAAGAGUGGGAUGAGAGGCAGAAAAAGAAGAAGAAGGUGUAACAAAACAUGCAAACCUGUUUUUCCUGUGUGAUCUUUCAGCAAUGGAGUGUAUGGAGAGAGGGGGAAAAAACUAAAGCCUGGUUUUAUUUGUUAAGUAUUUAUUCAUAUCAAAAUAUGUGUAUUGUGUGAUUCAAUAAUUAUUUAUAUGUUGUCCUGAAAUGAAUUAUUUUUUAUUAAGAAAUCUGAA